AACUGAAGCUCCAGCUGGUGAGGAAAAGCUAGGGGGAAGUUCGGCUGAACCAAACUCCGAUACAGUUUCCACAGAUUUAAGAGCUUUUCUGCUCCAGGGUUUAAAUUCGACACAGUUAGAUGAAAAAUCUAUAAAGAUUCAAUGGAAACUGAUCAUUUUUGAUCGAUUCGGCAUCAGUGUUUUUUAACUUAAAUCUCUCCGAAUUACACAUUUAGCGGUUUUAUUAUAAUGUGUUGGUGCGACUGUUCAGCUUCAUCCAGAACCUUCUUCCCUGGCUGUUUAUGUAACUGAGACUCAAACUGUGAGAUAAGAAGUGCUGCAAACAUUAGAAACUAUCAAACCAGUAACUUACAAAAACCGGUUAACUCUCCGAUGGUCUGCAUGUUUGGAUCUGGACUCAGUUUGAAGGAUUAAUACAAGAACUGUUAAAGUCUGACUGGCAGCUGGUCACAGUCCGGGUUAUUAACAUCCGUUUUUUGUUUAUUAAUAUUUUCUUUCUUAAUAAAUUUGCCACCGUAGCGUUUUUACUAAAAAUGUUUAUGAUUUUAUUUAUUUAUUUUAUUUAAUUUUUUUAGGCCAAAAUGAAGUUUAUAGUCUAUAUUAAAGUAAGAAAGUGUAUUAAUUACAAUGCAAACCGUUUAAAAUAUAGCGUUAAAGGACGGAUUAAAAACUGUCAUAUUGAAUAAAAGAGACACAGUUCCAUUUAUUGCCACCUUUGGUAAAGAUACUGUAAAAUAAGAUUAAUCUUACACUUAUUUCCACAUUUAUUUCCUAAUUUUGGGUGAAAACAUUACAUUUUUAAAAAAUUAUUUUAAUCACAUUACUGGUGUUGACUAGUUCUGAUUGGAGCAAGAUGAUUUCCAUCUGCUGCCCGAGAUCAAUGUGGUCGCCAAAAAACGUCCUAAGAAGGUUGAGACUAUAUUUGUUUGUUUUUUAAUCAGUUUAUUGUGAGUGUGUACAUGUUGCGUUACAUCAAAUGGUGAUUUUAUUUAGAAAAGCACCAGUUUUUCUAAACGGGUUCCAAUUGUCUCUGGUUUUACUCUGUGAAAUUCUUGGAUUCAUCCAUAAUGUUGGUUUUUCAGAGCUGACCCUGAACCCACCUGAAGGCAUCGUCGCAGGUCCGGCCAACGAGGAGAACUUCUUCGAAUGGGAGGCGCUCAUCAUGGGUCCAGAGGACACGUGUUUCGAAGGCGGAGUCUUCCCCGCCGUCCUCAGCUUCCCCUCGGAUUAUCCCCUCAGCCCUCCGAAGAUGAGGUUCACCUGCGACAUGUUUCACCCCAACAUCUACCCAGAUGGCCGGGUUUGCAUCUCCAUCCUUCACGCUCCGGGUGACGACCCGAUGGGAUAUGAGAGCAGCGCAGAGCGGUGGAGUCCGGUCCAGAGUGUGGAGAAGAUCCUGCUGUCUGUGGUCAGCAUGCUGGCAGAGCCGAACGAUGAGAGCGGCGCGAACGUCGAUGCGUCUAAAAUGUGGCGUGAGGACAGAGAGCAGUUCUACAAACUGGCUCAGAAGAUCGUUCGCAAGUCGCUGGGCCUGUAGAGAUGAUGUCAUCACGCCGCUCUGCGUGGGUGUGGUGGCGCGUAGCUCGGAUACAGACUGUGGAGCAUCAACACUGUUACCAUGGAAACCUUCAACGCACACACACGCAGAGCUGCAGUUUGAUACCUCAAUGAACUGACGGAUCAGAGGCUGAUAGGAUACAGUGACAUCACCAGGAGACCCAGCAGCAGCCUGUCAUGACCUCAUUUCCUGUUUGUCGCCCCUCUUCCCCUGCUGUUGGCUCAGAUUGAAGUUUCUCAGCGGAUUGUUUGCACUUUAUCUCCUCCUGGUGGUCACCGUGGUGGACUUCAGUUUGUUGUUUUUUUUUUUUUUUUACAGCUGAGCUGGAGGAGUUUCUCUAAGUUUCCUUUCACAAAUAGUUGGUUGAAAACAGAAUUUUGAUCUCUUUGUUUCUCUGAUUUCUUAUUAAUUUCUUUGUUGAGAAACUAAGAGCUUCUUUUUGUUUCUGUUUCUGGUGUCAAACUGAUUUUAUAGCAUGUUGACCUAAACUUAAUAAAGCAGCAUUUCUGUUUUAGGA